UGAUUUAUAGGCUGCCAUUUUGAUCGUGAAUCGUGAAGGUGGUCGGCUUCAUUGCAGCGUGCAGUUGCGUGUAAAAUGACUUUCCUAAACCGUGCCAAUCAAAGUUUUUUAACCCAUGCUCGCCUCUGGUAUCUUGUAGAUGCGAAGGAUCAGAUCAAUGGACGCUUAGCUUCGUAUCUAAGCCAAGUUUUGCAAGGAAAGACAAAACCUAUAUACCAUCAUACAGAUGAUGUUGGUGAUUACGUUGUGGUGAUCAACACGAGACAUAUUGUUUUAUCUGGUACCAAGUGGAAAAAUAAACUUUAUCGUCAUCACACUGGUUAUCCGGGUGGAUUAAAAUCUAUAACUGCAAGAGAGCUGCACAAGCGAGACGCUACAAGGAUCCUAUGGAGGGCUGUCUAUGGAAUGCUUCCGAAAAACAAUCUCAGACCUAUUUGGAUGAACAGAUUGUUCCUUUUUGAGGACAAUGAACAUCCGUACGCGGAGAAUAUUUUUGCCAAAUUGGAAGGCCCAGCCCCCUUACCCAAAAGACUGGAAGAAUUCACAGUAGAGGAAAUCGAAAACUAUCCGAAACUCUUUUGAUCAAUAUUUUGGAUGCUAGCCCUCAUUAACUCCAACCAUCAUUGCCUUUUCAACUGUGAGAAUGUAAUUUUUGCAGAGAUAACAUCAAGAUGAAAAACAUGAUGAAAAUUUUGACUUAACAUUUUCAUGAGUCAAUGGAUGACUUUAGCCGUCACGUGGUGUUUGGCUCACUAGUUAUAUGCACAUGACAUGAAAAAUAACAAGUACAAUUCAUCAUUUCAUGGUCAACCACUAUCCCAUUUACCUAGUAAUUUCAAAUAAACCGUGUUUUUUUUUGAGGCAAUGACACAAUUAAAACCAUGAAUUAACCAUCAGUUGCCUAUUAUUUCAUUUAUUUACCUGUCAUUUACUGUAUAUUUUGUAGUUACAUGUAAGCACCUGAUGUCCUUUACUUUACUUUUUGUGGUUCUUGCCACAGAACUCCGAGGUGCUAUCGGACUUUCUUGCCAUAACCCUUUCAAUUCGAAGAUCUCGGUAGUAAUUCUCCUCACUGUUUGCCAUAUAAUUUUUAUGAUGUUAUUUUGGAUAAUUUGGUUAUCAACUAAUAAUUUAUAUUUCUUUUCAUUCUUACUUGUCUGGUUGCAUUAGAGGAUUAAACAGUGUGUAACAUA